CCUUCAGCACCCGCGUGGCACUUCCUAACUGCAUCUGCUGAGAAGGGCCCCACACCUUGCUGUUUAUUUAUUCAAGAGAGUUAAAAAAAAUGCUGGCGAAAGAGGAAGGUUAUUGUGGAAACUAGAAACAAGAAGAUGAAACAUGCUGUUCCAUAAAGCUUUUGUUUUUUGCUUUCUUUUCCUUUUCAUUCUUCAAAGAUUCCAUCCAUUUCUGGUCCCCCACCAUUCCAUUUCCACAAUCAUCUCCUCUCCUUUUUAACCCUGUCUGUUGGUUUUUAUUUUUGUUUUAAAAAACCUCUUGACUGUAAAUAAAUAAAGGUGAUUCCUUUUUGUGAUUUUGGUUUUCAAAAUCAAUAAACAUCAUCAUAUCAUUUUUGGGCUAAAACAAAAAAGUUGGUCAUUUCCAUUUCUAUUGAAUUAAACAGAGAGGUGAUCAAAGGAACCGGACUUCAUUCAUUGAAGGGGCAGGUUGGUGGUGGUGGUGGUGAAGGUUGAGGUGUGGUGGUGGGUCUUUUUCCUAAGAUAUCAUCAUCUUAGCCUGACUCCUUAAUCAAUCAGGCACUUAGCCGUCCCCAUCGCCUUGGCUAAUAGCUGCCUCAGACCUUGUUCCAAGGUUUUGGAAACAUGGCUGGGAUUGAUGAUAAUGUUGCUAUAAUUGGUGACUGGGUACCUCCUAGUCCGAGCCCAAGAGCAUUUUUCUCAGCAAUGAUAGGUGAUGACAUUAACUCAAGUACAAUCACAGAACCCCAUGGGGAGAAUAGAACUAAAGGGCUCUUUCUGGGACAACCAGAGCAGAUGACAACAGGAAAUGCUGAAAAAAAGGAUGGAGCACGAACUAGUGGUGCCCAGUUGACUGAAUUGGGUUCAUUUUCUGAGCAAAAAUCAAACUCACGUGGAGGUCUCGUUGAAAGAAUGGCAGCCAGAGCUGGAUUUAAUGCUCCAAGGUUGAAUACAGAAAGUAUCAGGUCUGCUGAAACUUCACUGAACCCUGAGAUUAGGUCUCCUUAUUUGACAAUUCCACCUGGUCUCAGCCCAACAACCUUGCUGGAUUCUCCAGUUUUCCUUUCAAACUUGGCUCAGCCAUCUCCAACUACUGGAAAGUUUUCAUUUUUUCCAAAUGGUAGCAGUAAGAACUCCACAGUCAGCUCCAAACUUCCUGACAGAAGUAAAGAAACUUUCUUUGAAGACAUCAAUUCAUCUUCUUUCGCAUUCAAGCCUAUGGGAGAAUCGGGCUCUUCAUUUUUCCUUGGUGGAACAAGCAAGAUAACUUCAGCCACUUUCCCACAGCAAUCCUUUCCCAGUAUUGAUGUUUCUGUUCACUCUGAAAAUGCUCAUCAGUCACAUGAUGUUGCACCCACCAAAGUUCAGUCUGAGAGUAGAAACUCCCUUCAUUUUCCAGCAGAAUUCUUCAAAUUGACAACUGAAAAGGAUAAUGGAGGAAAUACUGUAGCAGAUCAGAGGACUUUUGAUACUGUUAGUGGCAAUGCUGAGCAUUCUUCACCUCUUGAUGAGCAACAAGAUGAAGAAGGAGAUCAAAGAGCCAGUGGAGAUUCAAUGGCUGCUGGUGGUACUGGUGGCACGCCAUCUGAAGAUGGAUAUAAUUGGAGAAAAUAUGGACAGAAACAAGUAAAAGGAAGUGAAUAUCCACGGAGUUAUUACAAGUGCACUCAUCCAAAUUGCCCAGUUAAGAAGAAAGUGGAACGUUCUCUCGAGGGCCAUAUAACAGAGAUCAUAUACAAGGGGGCACACAGCCAUCCCAAGCCGCUACCCAACCGGAGGUCAGCUGUUGGAUCACUGGAUACACAACUGGACAUUCCUGAACAAGUUGGUCCACAGAUUGGUUCUGUUAAUGAUUCGGCAUGGGCAGGUACACAAAUGGGAAAUGCUGCAGGGACUUCUGAUUGGAGGCGUGACAAUGUUGAGGUUACAUCUUCAGCAUCUGGGGGCCCAGGCCCUGAAGUUGGGAAUCCAUCCUCCUUGGUACAGGCUCAGAGUGGAACUCCCUUUGAGUCAGCUGAUGCCAUUGAUGCCUCAUCUACCUUUUCAAAUGAUGAAGAUGAUGAUCGGGCUACACAUGGCAGUGUAGGUUACGAUGGUGAAGGAGAAGAAUCUGAGUCGAAGAGAAGGAAAAUUGAAACAUACGCAACUGAAAUGAGUGGAGCCACUAGAGCUAUUCGUGAGCCUAGAGUUGUGGUCCAGACAACCAGUGAGGUGGAUAUCCUUGAUGAUGGAUAUCGCUGGCGGAAGUAUGGGCAGAAAGUUGUGAAAGGAAAUCCAAAUCCUAGGAGUUAUUACAAGUGUACUAGUACAGGCUGCACGGUUAGAAAGCAUGUGGAGAGGGCAUCACAUGACCUCAAGUCAGUGAUCACUACGUAUGAGGGGAAGCACAAUCACGAUGUUCCUGCUGCUCGCAAUAGCAGCCAUGUGAACUCUGGCACCUCCACUGCCACCCCAGGCCAAGCUGCUGUUGCUGUUCAAACCCAUGUUCACAGACAUGAACCAUCACAGGUUCACAACAGCAUGGCUAGGUUUGAGCGGCCUCCUGCAUUUGGAUCCUUCAGCCUGCCUGGAAGGCAGCAGCUGGGGCCUUCGCCUGGCUUCUCAUUUGGAAUGAAUCAACCUGGCUUGGCCAAUCUUGCGAUGGCUGGCUUAGGUCAGGGCCAACCAAAGAUGCCUGUUAUGCCCAUCCAUCCAUACAUGGCGCAGCAACAUCCUGGGAAUGAAAUGGGAUUCAUGAUGCCGAAAGAAGAACCAAAGGUGGAGCCUGUGACAGAACCUAGUCUGAACCUCUCCAACAAUCCAACACUGUAUCAGCAAAUCAUGAGUAGGCUGCCUCUUGGGCCUCAGAUGUAAAAUCUUCCAUUUCCUUAUAUUCUCAAACGUUUAUUUAUUGUUGUUAUAAUUAUUUUACUUCUGUUGCAAGGAAAAUAGAAAACUUUCACUCCUCUCUCUAUAUAUAAAUGGGCAAAAACCAUUCGUUCUCAUUUUCCUCUUGAUGUGGUGCUCUCAUUUAUGCAUCGAAGCAAAAGCAGUAUUUUCCGA